GGUGGCUGGAGGACUGUGGCAACCUUCAAUGCCGUUCUCGGAGGCUUGCUACAGCUUUCGCCCAGCUGGGGGCAGCCACAAACACGUUUUGUUGUGGGAAACAGCCAGUCAACCAUCUCAGGCUGGAAGUUGGCUGAACUUCGAUUUUUCCGUGACGAGGCAUGCCUCACGCGCAUCCGUGGUGUUCCCUUUGCUGUGGACGGUGAUUCCGCAGAUGCUGAUGGGGCUCUUGAUGGAAACUUGGAUUCGCUGUGGUUUGCCAACUGUUGCAACAUGCACGGUGACUUCCUCAUGACUGGCUGCAGUGGCUGCCAGGCAGGUGAAGCCUGGGUCGGUGUUUUGCUGCCUCAAAAUGACACGGUGAGGUGCAUCCAGCUUCUGCAGCGAGGGGAGCGCCUGGCCUCGGGUGACCAGCGCUUCGCCUCCCGGGGGGUCUCUUUGCGCCAGUGGGCUGGCUUCUCGUUUCAGACUGUGGACACUUGGGAUGGCGUGCCUCUCGAUGCUUGGGCAGAGCUCGGGGUGGGCCGUGCAGUCGCGGAGCUUGGGGCGGCAAGGGGCUGCCAGGACAUUCCCGAUUGGGAGAAGUGCAACGACACGGAUUGGAACUGUUCUACCUAUGCUGUGGGCGACUUCUGCAACGCAACAUUCCAGGAUGAAGCGGACUGUGAAGGCACCUCCAUGGCGCUUGCGUGCAAGGCCUCCUGCUGUCUUUGCGGCGCUGACAACCCGGAGUCCUGCGGCACUGGGGUAGAAGUUUCCGAUGAGCUGCCGGAGUGGGUGAUCCCCGUGGCGGCCGGUGGUGGCGGACUCCUUUUGCUCUGUUUCCUGGAAGAUCAGCAAAACCCCGCAGUCCUGGAUGCAACGGUCGGUGUUGUCUUUGCCGUUUUCUCGGGCGCUAUUUUGUUAGGGAGAGGGUUCGAGCUUGCGGCAUUCCGCAAGAUGAACCCGAAAGGAAAGAUCCGCGUGGCACCACUCCUGGUCGAUGCGACUUGUAGCCAGGUGGUUUCUCUUUGCUUUGUCAGUUGCUAUUGUUUACCCAUCCAUUCGUGGCAGUUUGCGGUCCCGCAACGUUUGGCUUCUCGCUACAAUCUGCUUCGUCUUCUUCAGGGGGCAUUUCUAUGGUUUCAGAAAGCCAUGCCGGCUGAGGCUGUCUCGCUGUUUGCUGCAUUUGCCGGCGGAGACGAGCUGCCGCAGCAAAGUGAGCUGGACGGAUUCCGACUGCGAAUGCUCCGAAUCAGAGUCGCGAAGAGGGCCCAUGAGCUGUUCAACCUAGCCGCGCACGGAUACUUCAUGUGGUUCUGGAGUUCCAUGCUGUGGCAGACCUCUGCAAAGGUCAAGAGGCGACAGCUCACUGCAGCGGAUAUGGUUUCGAGCGGAAUCCAUGUGUUUGUCAGCUAUGGCGACUCGUACUUCGAUGAGGACUAUGAAGGACACAGGCGCUCUGAGCUCCUUCAUGUCGAGGCACCGGCUGUGCAGGGCGACAAGAAGACGCAACAGCUGCUGGAAUGCCAACGUGCCCUGGUACGCGCGUUUGAAGGUGUAGAAUUCCAGCGAGAGCUGCGUGAACGUGCAGUCGCGCGAGCCGCAGCCUUCAAGGAAGGAAAAAGCUCUGCGGCUGUGAUCGGGGGGAGCCGGUCGGUGCAUGCUCUGAUCAUGGCCACGGAGGAGCCUAUACUGGAGCGCUUCGGCUACGCUCGUGGCAUGGCCGGGGCUAGAGCCAUGGAACAGGACCUUCUGGAGGCUGCUUUCAGCAAAGAUGUCGACUCCGAGAUCGUACGAAACAACGCGUACCUCGGAGUUCUACUCCACAAGUACGAUCCUCCUCCGGAGAUCUUCCGCAGCGUGGCCGAGAUGCAGCUGCGGAUCCUCGGUUCCGAGGAGUCAGAUGCGGAAUCGAGCUGCACUUUGCUGCUGCCGCGUGAGGCUCCAUGCGGCUUUCUGCGCUUCCUCAUCUGCAAGAAGUUUGGGCAAGACGAGGUCGGCAGUUUCUUUGACAGCUCUUUUCAGUCGGGAGCCCUGGCGACAUGCACUUCAGGCAAGUUCGCCAAAGGGAAACGACAGGAUACGGCAGCCGCAGCAGCGGUGGAAGACCUGACACACAGAAGCAGUGCGGAGACGAACCUUACGGCCUACACCCAGAUGAGCCCCAUUCCUGCCAGGGGCUCUGGCAGUUUCAUCGGAAGCUGCACCUGCUCCCGCAUCAUAGGUGCACCGUGUUUUUCGGCCAGAGCUGCCCUGUGGAUGGGAUGGUGUCAAGAGGACUUGGAGAAGUUGCACCAGGAGGCCGUCACAGCACUCACAUCGACCGAGGGCACAGCACCGACUAGAGUGAGUGGAGAUGCGGCGCCAAUGAGUACUGCACGGCAGCGUAACGGUGGAGUCGUGACAUGGUUCGAGUAUGGGGUGUGCCAAAUUGCCAGGGCCGUGUGCGGAGUGCUACAGAACCCGAGCUGCGUUGUGGCGGUGCUACUGCAGCAAGGUACUUGCGCCAGCUGCGCAAAGAAGUGCAGCAGGACGAGCGCCGUUACGGCCACCUCUGAGCAGGCGGCACGUCGAGCUGUUGGCACCACGCUGGAGGCCGUCAACUGGGUCAUGCAGGCCAAGGUGCAGCCACGCCGUGCGGUGGUGAUAAGCCGACCACCUGGACACCACAACGGCUGCAAUGAGCUGCUGGAGGCAAUUCAGAAGAACGCAUGGCGCUUUGCGGCGCAUGGUGGGUGCAUCUUGAAUGAGACUGCAGUCGCGGUGCGCAACUUGCUGGCACGGCAUCCUGCAAGCAAGGUUGUUGUGCUGGACCUGGAUGCGCACUUUGGCGAUGGCACAGCGUGGCAGUUUUACGAGGAGCAGCGCGUUCUGUGCAUUUCCCUGCACGUGGAUCA